CUCUGGAAUCAUUUUAAAAGCAAACCACGUAUCAGUGCUUUUGACAGGGAAAAAAAAUGGAUAAUCAAUCCAAAACCACUACAAGGAGCAAGAGCUCGUUCAGGUACUGUCAAUAUGAGGAAGACAGGGACUCACCAGGAGAUGCUCGGAACGUUCUCAUAGUAGUUGCCACUCUGAUUGCUGCAGUGGCCUUUCAAGCUGGGGUGAACCCUCCUGGGGGAGUUUGGCAGGAUGAUAAAGAUGGACACAAAGCUGGGAGGGCCAUUUAUGCAACUGAAAAAGAAGCUUAUUAUGUUUUCUUGAUUUCCAACACUUUGGCCCUUUCAUCUUCAGUCUUGGUCAUCAUGUACUUAACAUACAGGUUUCCUUUCCAUCUUGAAGUGUUGGUUGCCACGGCGUCUAUGAUUGUAACAUAUGGGUCUGCUGUAUUCGCUGUCACUCCCAAGGAAUCCGUGAGGUUUCGCUAUAUUCUGAUCGCUGCUGUUGUUCCUUUUGCAAUGAGGCUUUUGAUCCGAGUGUUCGUCAAGUUUAGAAGCAAAUCAUGAACAGUUCAGGACGUUUAGAAUCUUAAGUAGAUGUUCAACAUCGAUCUCGGGUUUUUUUAUGUCCAGUCCAGGCUUUAUUAAGUAUUUAUUAAGUAUAUUCAUGUCUUCUCUCUCUCUCUCUCUCUCUCUCUCUCUCUCUCUCUCUCUCUCUCUCUCUCUCUCUCUCUCUCUCUCUCUCUCUCUGUGUUCUUGUUUGGAGGAGUUUAGUACGAGUCCUGUGAUUAUCAAAUUAGUAUUAUAGCUAGUAUUGUUCAUGUUGAUUACUCUGUACUCGUAUCAUAUCCGUGUAAUGUUUAAUAAAACUUGAUUACAUGUAUCUUUCUGCAA